AUGCUGCAGAAGCGAAACUACUUCCCUCCAAUACUCUUGGUAGUCAUGUCGAAGCUUCGAGAGUUCACAAGCUGCAAAAUCCACUAUGCGUUCUCAUACAUCAUAAGACCUCGUAUUUCAAAUUACGUAUCCGGAGUCACAGAACAUCGCAGACUCUCUAGCUGUUCUUCUCUUUCCGGAGACAUAAAAACUAACCGACAGCGCAAAGAAACUCUCCUUCCAUCCACCAGUGUCAAACCCAGAGGCGUUGUCGAACAUGUCCUGACAACUGCGGAUCAGAUACUCAAUUGGGCGCGACAGAGCUCACUCCACCCAUUAAGCUUCGGUCUCGCCUGCUGCGCCCUCGAAAUGAUGCACUGCUCGAUGCCUCGCUACGACCAGGACCGACUAGGGAUUAUCUUUCGAGCGUCUCCUCGUCAGGCAGAUGUAAUGAUUGUUGCCGGCACAGUCACCAACAAGAUGGCUCCCGCUCUUCGGCAGUGUUAUGAUCAAAUGCCCGAGCCACGAUGGGUGAUCAGCAUGGGAAGCUGCGCGAAUGGUGGUGGCUACUACCACUAUAGCUAUAAGCCCGAAAUUUCUGACCAUUACUUCGACCUGGGUGUGAAUCGGCGUGCUACAGCAGCAGAUGUGAAGAAGGCUUUCCACAUGCUAGCGCUACGACACCACCCAGACAAGAAAGCGCCGGGUAAGACGAUAGAUGCCGUCGAGUUCAGACAGGUACGAGAAGCGUUCGAAGUACUGAGAAACUCCACGACACGAAGCGAGUAUGAUACACGGUACAAUGAAGUACAAGAAGAGUGGAAUGAGUACCGCAGCAAUCUUGCUGAGUAUGUGCUUCAAGAAGAGCGAGAACGUCUUGAGGCAAAUAAUGAGCGAGUGCGUAUACUAGAGGAAGAACGACGACUUGCAGAAGCGAGACAGCGCGAAGCAAAAGAGGAAGCUCGUGCCAAAGUGGAGCGUACUGCUCGACAAGAGAAAGAACGACUCGCGGAAGAGCGAUCACGUCAAGCAGCAGAACGAGCACAAAAAGAACUAGAAAAGGUGGCCGAAGAACGCCUCCGCCAAUGGGAAGAAGAUCAGGGGGCCAAACUAAAGCAGCAUUGCGAACAGCUCCAGAGGCAGGCGGAGAAGAAGAAUAUGAUGGAGGAGAUGAUGAUGAUGGAGGAAGACAUGCUGAUUAUGGAGGAGGACAUGAUGAGUAUGGAGGAGGACAUGAUGAUUAUGGAGAGGGAGAUGAAUGUGAUGGAGGAGAACAUGAAUAUGAUGGAGGAGGACAUGAUGAUGAAUAAGAAGAUGAUGAUGAAUGAGAAGAGGAAGAUGAUGGAGAAGAAGAAAAUGAUAGAGAAGAAGAAGAUGGAGAGGAAGAAGAAGGCGGAGAAGAGGGGCAGGGGCCAGGGGAAGAGAAGAGCGAAUAAAUAA